UUAGGGAUGUUGUAAUAAUUUUACUAAAUAAAAUGGACCAUUUGAUUAAUUUUAUCAAACCUUGGGGGUGUCCGUGAAGACGCAGCAAAAACCAGCAUAAGAUGUCAGCCAUUGAGGCAGCAAUAUGGUCUAUGUCUGUGCAUCCCUCACCAGACGCCAACACCAAAGAAAGCUUUGCUUGCCGUAUUGUAUACAGUAUUGUAUGCGAUGGCAAAUUGGCAAAGGCAUCUGCUUCGAUGAAAGGAUUUUAUUUAACUUUAAUUUUAAUUUUAAUUUUUUAUGAAAACCCAAAAGAAGAGUGUAGAUAAGAAGCAUUAAUUAGUGGGAUUCUCAUUCUUAUUCCACCAAUAACACUUGCACAGUCUCUAGUAGGGCUCUCACAUUCUUCCUUAUUGGCCUUCUCAGAAUUUCCUUUUCUUCUUGCCCUUUCCUCUUUCCUCUUCUCAAAUGCUUUGUGGGUCCCUUGCACUAAUGUAUCAUAUAUUUCACUGGCUCAUCAUUAUCUUUAAUUUCAAUUUUUUCUUCUUUUUGAUUCAUGGUGGCUUGCAUUUGUAUUUCCCAUGGCUAAACCUGGAGGACAACCAGAAUAUCCAAAUUCUGGCAAGAGAUUUACUAGCGAAUCUUUCAUAGAGACGAAGCAAAAUUAUAUGUUUGGAGCUUUUUCCACAUGGCAUCCUCUAAAGCUAGUCAUUGGCGGUUUCAUACUCCUCAAUUUUCUAACAAUUGGUUUUUCCUCCAAGGAUCCUGACCUUGAAGGUGAAGCUUUAGUUGAGCUUCUAAAGGCUCUUAAUGAUUCCCAUGGUCAAAUAAAAGAUUGGAAUUAUUAUUUGGUGAGCCCUUGCUUUAGUUGGUCUCAUAUCACUUGCAGAAAUGGAAGUGUCACCUCCCUGAGCUUGGCUUCAAUUGGCUUUUCAGGAACUCUUUCACCUGCAAUUAUGAAACUGAAGUUCUUGGUUAGCUUGGAACUACAGAACAAUAAUCUAUCGGGCCCAUUACCAGAUUAUCUUGGAAACAUGGAACUGCUAGAAAAUCUGAAUCUUGCAAAUAAUAAAUUCAAUGGUUCUAUACCAAUCUCGUGGGCCCAGCUAUCCAACUUAAAGCAUUUGGAUCUUUCAUCCAAUGAUUUAACUGGACAAGUACCAUUGCAACUUCUUUCAGUUCCAGAGUUCAAUUUCACUGCAACGGGUCUUGCUUGUGGCUCUAGCUUGGAAGAACCUUGCGUUUCCAAUAAUCCUUUUCCAGUUUCAAAAAGCAAGUUAAGACUCAAGGUUGCUGUAAUUGCUGCAAGCUGUGGGGUUUUCAUGGUUCUGCUACUAGGUCUUGCAUACUGGUACCAUCAAUGUUACAGACUCCAGCAUGAUGUCUUUGUUGAUGUAGCUGGUGAAGAUGACUGCAAAAUAUCCUUUGGACAACUUAAAAGAUUUUCUUGGCGUGAGAUCCAACUUGCAACAGACAAUUUCAGUGAGAGCAACAUAAUUGGACAGGGUGGCUUUGGUAAAGUUUACAAAGGUAUUCUUUCAGACAACACAAAAGUUGCCAUAAAACGUCUUACAGAUUAUCACAGCCCUGGAGGAGAAGCUGCAUUCCAGAGAGAAGUUCAACUUAUUAGCGUUGCAGUUCACAGGAAUCUUCUACGUUUGAUUGGCUUUUGUACGACCUCCUCUGAGAGAAUUCUCGUUUAUCCAUAUAUGCAAAACCUCAGCGUCGCAUAUCACUUAAGAGAUUUAAAACCAGGAGAAAAAGGCUUGGACUGGUCGACAAGGAAACGUGUCGCCUUUGGUACAGCUCAUGGCCUGGAGUAUCUACAUGAACAUUGUAAUCCUAAGAUUAUACACCGUGACUUGAAGGCUGCUAACAUCCUAUUAGAUGAUGAUUUUGAAGCUGUUCUUGGAGAUUUUGGUUUAGCAAAGCUGGUAGACACAAGGUUGACUCAUAUUACCACCCAAAUACGUGGUACCAUGGGUCACAUUGCCCCGGAAUAUUUGUCCACUGGAAAAUCUUCAGAAAAGACAGAUGUGUUUGGAUAUGGCAUAACACUUCUUGAAUUGGUAACUGGUCAGCGGGCAAUAGACCUUUCUCGCCUUGAAGAGGAAGAGGAUGUUCUUCUAGUUGAUCAUAUUAAAAAGUUACUGAGAGAGGAUAGACUGGACGACAUUGUGGAUGGAAACUUGAAGACUUAUGACCACCAAGAAGUUAAGACCAUUAUCCAGGUUGCAUUACUGAGUACCCAAAGUUCACCUGAAGACCGUCCCACAAUGGCAGAAGUGGUUAAACUGUUGCAAGGAGUUGGUCUGGCUGAGAGAUGGGGGAAGUGGGAGCAGAUGGAGCAUGAGAGGAACCAAACAUUCUCCUCACUCAUGUCUUCCCAGUAUGUGUGGGCUGAGGAAUCAACUAUUGAGCAAGAAGCUAUACAGUUGUCCAGGGCUAGAUAAGCUUUUGUAGAAUAUAAUCAGUUUUGAGACCAGUAUUAUCAACAUAUACAUCUGGAGUAUUAUAUAUAUAUAUAUAUAUAUAUAGAUUGUACAUGAAAUGAAAAGCAUAUUAUUGCUGUAUUACAAUAUUCUGCAUAUUUUGCAUGUAAUAACUGUGGUUUGGUUUAAGAUGGAAUUGCUUGCUAUUCCUCCA